AUGCACGUGACCUGCCUGUGCGCCGCUGCGUCGGCGUUCUACAUCCCGAUGAUGAGGCUUGUAAGUGCCGGCUCGCGGAGGGCUUCGGGCCCGAAGAUCCGGUCGAUGAACUUCGAGAACCCCCCGCUGAUCGUGACGGACAAGGGCGUUCGCAGGUUCGGGCUGCUGGACGCCGUGGUUGCGACGCUAAGGAAGGACGCUGGAAUCACGAGCAUGAUAGUGUGUGACGACUUGCAGCCGAACUCAACAGUGGUGAGCGUCUACAACGGGCGGAGGAAGGUGCUGAAGGAGAGCAGGUGCGACUCGAUCAUCGGCUUCGGCAGCGUCUCUUCGCGGGACGCUGCGCCACGUCAUUGCGCUGCUCGCACGCAUACAAGCACUCGCAACCAGCAGAGACACGUUCCACGACGAAUAUGGGUACCCUAA